AUGACUGCUGUCUGCCCUUCUGAGAGCAGCCCCGAAGGGACCGAAGCUGGGGCCGGGACAUCGGGCUCAAGGGGGUCGGGGGCAGCAGGCACUGCUGGGAGCAACUCAGUUUCUGGGGUCGAAACUGGGGGUACUAAUGGAGAUUCAGUCGGAGGUUCCACUGGAGGCACAGGCGUGGUUACUGGGGGCCAAAGGUACACCCGUUGGAGCCACCAGGACAGUUCCGACAUCAAUACAGACGAUGAAGGAGCCACCAUCCGCCGUCUCACUCCACUGGAAAGGCUGAACCUGGAUAUGUGCCAGGAUGAAAGGGUCGUCCGUGAGCUAACAGUGGGAAGAAGAAUUGGCUUCUACAAAAUUCGCGGAGAGAUCGGCUGUGGAAAUUUCUCCCAUGUCAAGCUUGGAAUUCAUGCCCUCACCAAAGACAAGGUGGCUAUAAAGAUCCUUGACAAAACCAAGCUGGAUCAGAAGACCCAGAGGCUGCUGUCCAGAGAGAUUUCUAGCAUGGAGAAACUACAUCAUCCCAACAUCAUACGCCUUUAUGAGGUGGUGGAGACAUUGUCACGGUUACACUUGGUGAUGGAGUAUGCAGGGGGAGGGGAGCUCUACACCAAAAUUACUACAGAAGGGAAACUUUCUGACACCGAUAGCAAGAUUGUCUUCGCUCAGAUCCUCUCUGCUGUUAAACACAUGCAUGAAAACAACAUCAUCCACCGUGACCUGAAGGCAGAAAAUGUUUUCUACACCAGCAACUCCUGUGUCAAGGUUGGGGACUUUGGCUUCAGCACGCUGAGCCGCCGUGAUGAGACUCUCAACACGUUCUGCGGCUCUCCACCUUACGCUGCACCUGAGCUCUUUCGGGAUGAGCAUUAUGUUGGCAUCUUUGUAGACAUCUGGGCCCUGGGUGUGAUGCUGUUUUUCAUGGUGACAGGCACCAUGCCAUUCAGGGCAGACACAGUGGCCAAACUGAAGCGCUGCAUCCUGGAUGGGGCCUACAUGCUGCCCUCCUGGGUGCCAGAGGCAUGCCAGAGGCUGAUCAGGGGGAUCCUCCAACCCAUACCAUCUGACCGCUGCACAGUGGAGCAGAUGAUGGGCUGUGAGUGGCUGCUCCCUGUUGACUUCCCGCGGGCCAUGGAGCCCUUUAAACUAGACCCAUCCUACCUUGCAGAGAGUGAUCCAUCUGGACUCAGGGAGGAAGAGACAGAGGUAAAGGCAGCACUAGAGGCACUAGGAAUCACUUCAGAACACAUCCUCAACAACCAGGGGAAAGACUGCAGGAGCUCUAUCACCGGGGUCUAUAGGAUCCUGUUACAUCGAGCUCACAAGAGACGGGCUGUUGAGAGCAUACCUGCAGUCACACAGGUAGUCGGAACAACAACAAGUAAAAAGGAACGACUAAAAGUGUACCGUAGUUUACGGCACACGUCUAAACUCUGUGUGAUUCUGUGA